AUGGCGUAUACGCAGUCCGGGGUAAUGAAGAAGGAGUUCGCACUCCCUAUGGUGCCUGGCAUGACAUGCGGGGAGGAGAUGUUGCGACGGAAUUACCACCGCAUGCAAGCUCACCGUCCGAAGCCUUAUUCAGUGAACUCCAUUAAAAGUGUGCCCAUUGACUUGACCAGAAGUAAUAUGGAGAAAACGUCCUCUCUCACAAAGGCUGUGGAUGGCACUCUUGCCGACGGCAAGGACUCUCGGCGGUUAGACGCCAGCUAUCAGCAGACUGUCAAUGAUGACCUCAGUGGGCGGGUAUUACGCUUUUAUGGUUACACAAAAGAACAAGUACCGGAGAGCUCCAUUGAACGGGAACGCUUGCGCAAAGUUGUGUUCAAUGUAUUCUUGGAAGAUAACACAAUGAGUGUGACCGAGCAGAGCCCGGACAACUCUGGAUUUGCAUUUCCUCUAGCUCUCAAGCGACAUAUUGUCCCCAUGCAUGAUGGUACUCCCAUUACAUUUGCAGAUUUCCGCGUGGGUGAACCAAUCACAUUCUAUGGUCGUACAUACAUGUUGUACGAUGCAGAUAAGUUUACCCGUGAUUUCUUCAAAGAGGGAGGUGUGGAACUUGAACCAGCACAGGAAUUGCCAACGGAUGCCUUCACGCUACUGCGUAGCCGCCCCAUAGCGAAGGCUCACGACGUGCGCUCCAUUGCAGCAGACAGCCCCUUAAACAUUGCUUUGUUGCCAGAACAGGUACGUGCA